CCUCGCGUCCCUCUGAUCCUACCACGAUCUGCUCCAAAUCUAUCUAAAUGAAUUUCUCCAAAGAGCACCUCCAGUAGCUCCUGGCUCAGGCUCUAUGUUUCCUACUUGGUUGAUGAGUAUGCUUCCUUCUUGUCAAACCAUGUUCGGUCCUCGCGAUGUACAAUGCACUCCGUGUUCCAUUAUGACCAGGAUCGACUUCGACAUGGGAAUUAUGCAAACUGGUCUGUCCGUCGCGGUGGAAAAGGUAGAGUUGUGUGGAGAAAGGUCGAUCUCGUCUUUGAGGAAGAUGGUAUUUGUAUUCCGGCGUAUGAAGUGCGUGCAUACAAAAGAUUGGUCACACUGGGUUCGGAAGCCAUAAGCGAGACUAUAUGCUUGAUACGACAGGUAAGAGGAGCAGGUAAGUAGACAUUGUAGGUCCAGAGGCAAAGAGUUUAGCUGAAACUGUUCAUGCAGAACACUGCGCCCAAGGUGAGCGCG